CUAAUGUUCAGUCUGCGCUCGUACGUCGUGCCGUAGUGAUCAUCCCAAAAAGUGUCGAUAUAUUGUGGAGCAGAUGUGCUAAAAAGUUCCAUUAUUUGCACAGAGCGACUGCUGAAACGAAGUUGUUACGCGCAUCAAGUCGUCUUCAGGAUGGAUCCAUGUGUGAAAAUGCUGCUCUUUAUUGCCUUAAUAGCCCAUCCACUGUAUAUAACCGCAAAAUCGGUGCAACUACUGCCAGAUGAUGUUUUCGUUGACCCAAACCCACAAACUGAUCCAAAAACGAACCAGCAAUAUGGUGACUAUUUGAAACAUUUGACCAGGUUUGAUGACUGGGCUACCGGACAAAGACAUGUUCGUCAGCCUCAUGAAGUUCUCCCGGAUGACGAGUUCAACGAUCCCAAACCCCAAACAAAUCCCAACAAUACUGCAUUCAACGAUUACGUCAAAGAGCUUACCAGAUUCGACUCAUGGGUAACCGGCAAAGUUGUUCCCAUACCAGCUGAUCCAGCAACGGAUGCCCUACAUCAGGAUCUAGAGUCGGAAGGAACUGAAAACGCACAAGCUUCCAACUUUGACCCGGUCACAGUAGGCAAUCCGCAAGCGGGAAACAUCGGAUUUCCAGAUUAUGCUCCACCUGACCAUGCUGACCCUACCCAAGCUUUCAAAGACUACGCUAAAGUGUUGACACGAUUUGACUCAUGGGUUACCGGCGUAAGAGUACCAAUUCCAGCGGACUCUGCUACUGAUGCCCUACAUCAGAAGUUUCGUCGAUCAGUGAUCAGUUCCGAGAAGAGUUUUGCCGACAAAUUCGAAGACCAGGCCCCAGUGAAUCCUACCGGGAGUUCUUCGUAUAAUGAUUUCGUCAAGAAGCUGAAGCGAUUUGAUCCAUCGAUAACUGGUCAUAAGGUACCAAUUCCGCGGGACGCAACUACUGACACUUUACAUCAAAUUAAUAAACGAUCAUCGCUAAAUGUCCAUAGAAACAGAGCUUAAGCAACCCAAAGGUGAUAAUCGAUAUGGCAUUGAGAGUUAAAGAGUAACAAAUUGUGAGCAGCUGAACGAUGACUAGUCUCGUGAAUUUACUGCGAGCAAAUAUUUUCCAUAUAUAAAGUGUGAAUAAAUGUUUUGAAACUGUUAUAUACCUCAA